CUCUUUUAAAAAAAAUAAAAAUUAUAUAUAUAAAUUCAGGCAGAAACGCACAUAAAUUCCUGUAUCUACCUGCUCCACACAUCAUUGAUUCACCAUUUAUAAAAACAAAUCAGAUGGACUCUACCUCCCGUUACCGUUUCCUCGGCAUCCCCUCCUCCUCUUCCACCUCCUCCUACGUGACCGACGGCAAUGGGGACAGUAACGGCAACGCAGAUGAGCUCAACGAGGAUGAUAUUUUCUUGACCAACGAUUCCACCAAUCAAACCCAAAGCAAUUCCUCCUCGUCCUCUCCAACAACCGCCAGCAACAACAACCACCAUAAUAAAUUUAACCGCCACACAGCUUUCCCUCAGAACUCGGGGAUUCUCGCUGCGUUACCAGAAUACAACCACAACAUGGUUCUUUACCGCAAGCCUUCACUCCCACCAUCACCUUCUUCAUCCUCGUCUAGAGCAAUCCCAUUAAUUCCGAGGUCCCCACACGUGGCGGAAUACGCGUCGCAGUCGGUGCCGAUAAGAAAAAUGAACCAAUCGGCCCCGAUGAAUGUGCCGGUGUUGUCGAUGGCGAUGGCGAAAGAGAGGAGUAGCAGGUUUGAGGAGGACGAUGAUGGUGAGUUUGAUGGGGAUGAAGAGAUGCUGCCACCUCAUGAGAUUGUGGCACGAGGAUCGACGCAGUCGCCCAAGACAACGUUUUCGGUGCUUGAAGGGGUUGGGAGGACGUUGAAAGGAAGGGAUCUGAGACAGGUUAGGAACGCAAUUUGGCGUCAGACUGGGUUCCUUGAUUGAUUUUGAUUAUUCUUACUACUACUACUAAUGUUAAAAGUUUUUUAUUUAUUUAUUUUGGUGCUAUGCAAUCGUUGUAAUAGCCUAAUAGGUCUUGAACGUUAUUAAUUAAAAUUGAAUCUAGCUCUUAAAAGUAA